AUGGUGCCUAAGUAUAGUCAACAUUACCGGGCAGACUGGGAGAAAAUGGCAGACUUUAAAGAGUGGUUGCAGCCCGUUGAAAACGAUACUUCGAAAGCGUACUUUGAGAUUGAAGACGGAACUGCAGUCAGCAUAGUGAACGGCAUUAAAGGAUUGUUGGCAGAAAUAAAAAUAAAUUUAAAGAAAUUGAUCGGUAUCGGCACGGAUAACGCUUCGGUCAUGACAGGAACUAACAGUGGAGUGCACGCAUUGUUGAAAAAUGCAACUGGUAAUGACAAUUUAGUGUUAGUCCGCUGCGUGUGUCAUUCGUUACAGUUGGCUAUGUCUCAUGCUUCAGCAGAAACCCUACCAAGAAAUGUUGAAUUUCUUAUAAGAGAAACCUAUAACUGGUUUAGCCAUUCAUCAAACCGAAGACUCUUUUACAAAAACAUGUUUCAAACGAUCAACGGUGGCUCCGUUCCAUUGACAAUUCCACAGAUGUGCAAUACCCGAUGGAUAUCAAUUGAACCAGCGGUCUGCCGUAUUCUUGAUCAAUGGAUAGAAUUAAAAACCCUGUUUGAAAUUGCCAGGCGAGAUGAACACUGCUAUACGGCAGAAAUACUAUAUAACAUGUAUAAUGAUCCACAGAAUCAUUUGUACUUAUUAUACAUAAGACCUAUCUUACAGGAAGUUCAAGUGGUAAACAAGUUGUUUGAAAGUAACGAUGUUGACCCAACAAGAUUGUACAAUGAUUUGAUUGGCUUAGUGGAAUCGAUAGGUCGGCGUAUUCUGAACCCAACGGCAAGGGUAGAUAUUUUAACAGAAGAUAUAGAAAGCUAUUUAGAUCCGAAACCAUACAUGGGAUAUGCUUUUGAGACCAAAUUACUUGAAUACAAUCUUCAGCCUAAUGCAGCAAACUAUUUACGCCAACGUUGUAAUAAUUUCACACUGAAACUUGUGACAGAACUACGUUCGAGAUUACCGGUUAAUUUUAAAAUACUUCAGAAGAUAUCCAUGUUUUCAGUUCAAGAGACUUUAAAAGUAGUUAAGCCAUCCAUUGUCGAAAUAGCCCAAGAGUUCCGAGUUAAUGCACCUAUGAUUGAAAAACUGGUAUCUCAAUGGAGAAAUAUAGUUCACAUUAAAUGGGAAUCCUUGACUUCCACAGUAAAGUUCUGGAAUGAAGUCAUGCAAUAUAAAGAUGCAGCUGAUAAUAACCCCUUUGCAGAGUUAUGUGAGUUUGCAAUGUCUCUUAUAUCAUUGCCACAUUCAAAUGCGGACGUUGAACGUGUAUUCAGCCAAAUGAGUCUGGUAAAAACAAAACUCCGAAACCGUUUGGCGGUGAGAACCCUGAAUGCCAUUUUGUACGUUAGGUUCGGCCUAAAAAGAGCAGGAAAGUGCUGUUACUCUUACACUGUUCCAGACAAUGUACUACGCAGUAUCGGAACCAAAGAGUAUUACGACUCCGGCUCUCAGCCUUCCACAUCAGCUGAUGUUGAUGAAGAUGAAGACCUUAAUAUUCUAUUCCCUUGA